AUGGACAACUUGCUGGCAACGCCGCUAGAAAAAGCAGAAAUCGACGAGUUGCUCUCGUUGUUCCCAGACUUCACUGGCACCGUGCCAGAGGAGGCACGUUUCUGGAAGAAGUCUGACCUGGAGCUCUUUAUCGCAAGCAAUGGCCAGCUGAAGCCCAAGGAGAACGAGGCCGCGAAAUCCAAGAGCUGCCCGCUGCUUUCAAGAGCUCGACAGCGCCUUGCAGAGCUCAAGAUCGGCGAGGCCUCGGCAGAGUACCUCUCUUGGACCCGUCACCGGCAGCGAGCACUGCAGCAGCUGCCAGGACUGGAGAAGCCCUGCUCACCUGUGCAGACUGCCGCCCAGGCGCCUGCAGUCCCAAAGGUGCCUGUCGUUGUCUCAGCGAAAGACUGGUGCGGCAGCUCUUGGGACAUGGACUUUUGGAAGGCACUCGGCCAUAAUAUGUGGUGGACGUGUCGCUCGCGCUCCCCGGCCUUUGAACAUGACCGGAAAGCUGCAGACCGCGUUGAUGUUGAAGCAUCCCCGCCAGAGUACAUCGAGUAUGCUCGGCUUCUUCAUUCCAUGGAUCCUGACUGCCUGGAAGACAAUGCGCUGGCCUUCCCACGCAUCGUCAUGGACGGCUGGUGUCCUUUCAUCAGCACGGAGGGCGGUGCUCUUCUGGCGAAGCACUGGCGUGAACUGACGCCGGCUGGGGUGAAGGACAUGUCGCCCAAGUGGAUUAAGAUCUUCACCACUGUCUUCACCAUGGACUUCAUGGACUUCUUUGCCCGAUUCUACAAGCUGGCAUUGGGAGCUCCAGGAAGCAUCAGCCGACUGCACAGAUCGAAUAACGGCGCGCAUGUCUGGCACCGACAAAUACAGGGCCGGCGCCUCUUCUUCCUCUUCCCUCCCCAGGACACAGCCAACCUGGCUGAGGAAGAGGGCGCUGCAGUUGAUCAUCUGGAAGGCUUUGGCGAGUGA